AUGUGCGAAGGUGCACCGAUUCAGGAUUCAGAAUUUACCCUCAACUGGGAACCUCUUGUGGCCAGGAUGGGUAAUUCGAUGGAAGUGUCACAAGGUUCUUUGUAGGAUCGACUCCAAGAGGUGUUCUCAGGACUGACACACAUUGUGUCCUUGGGAAAAUAUCCGAGUCAGGAGAAAAAGUGUGCACCCAGGGAGAUUCGAACCAGUAUCCAGCUGACGCC